AUGUGCUCCAGCCGUAAGAUCCUGUGGAGCCUGCUCCUGCUGUCCUUGGUGGAGGUGGGCCUGGGUGUGGCGAGCAUCGUCCUGGGAGCCGUGGGCAUCAGCUGGGUCCGGGGAGAGCACAAGCCGCAGCAAGGCGACGCUUCCCCGGUCUGGAGCGGACUCUGUUUUCUGGUCUGUGGGAUGUGUGGAGUGCUGUGUGCUCGAAAGAGGACGGGCCUUAUUAUGAUCCUGUUUUCAGCGUGUUGUAUCUGCGGUCUGAUCGGUGGUAUCCUCAACUUCCAGUUUGUUCGCGCACUGAGCAAACGACCUGACUCCAUGCACUCGAUCCACCUGGCUGCCAUGACUCUGGCCUGUCUGGGCAUCUCCUCCUGUACCUUAUCCACAUGGCUGACCUGUCGCCUGGCUAGCUCCGAGCAACAGAGGAUGUUCCUGGAGAGGGAGCACUCGCUGCACCAUUCACACGAGAUGACUGAGAAGGAGAUCCUGGACAACUCCAGUAACGGCAUCCCUCAGAUCUCCUACAAUGGACACACCGCCAUAUCACCAUGAUGACGCACUACCAACACCAACAAAGGCGACUUGCACACACUGAAACAGAGACAGUUUAUGAAUCGCUUGCUGUCAGCAGACAAAUACAGCAUGUACUUCUGUGGCUGCAGCAUAUAACCAUAUCCUGACUACAGGGGAGUGAACCCAGGUCUUUCUGUAGCCGGAGCAAGACCAACAUUUGGACACUAAGAGGGAGGCGUUUGUGUUUCUGAAUAAUUAUGCAAACACGGGUUCAAACCCCUCCCUCUGUUUAACUCAAACCAAAGCCGGGAUGGAGAGCCGCCGUUUGGGUGACAAUUCAGGUGACAGACAUUUGCGUGACAUCAUCUGACCUUUAAACUAAUGAGCAGAACAGGAUAGAUUUUAUCCAAUCAGAUGCCUCAAAGUGAUGAGCACAAACCAAGCAUGCAGCUGAUUCACUUGUUUUGAAGAGCUACUGCUAUUUCAGUCUUGAUGCCCUUAGUCCUUCUCUCUCUUCUCGUUAUGGGUUUAUGGAAUGCAGAUCUUGAGAUCAGUAAACUGUAUAUAUCAUCUGAUAAUGGAAUGCUUUGACAUGAAAAUACAUUGAUGCGCAAUGUACUGUAUAUCAUGCUUGUAUAUCGGGACUCUAGACGUAUCUAUAAAUCAAACAUAUUUUUUAUAAAUGCUUCUUAUAAAAGUGAAUUCAAUUAAAGUAUGAGAAAUCUGAACGAU